AUGUUGUACUUCGCCGGCGUCGAGGUGGUGCUCCGCGCCGCGGAGCGCGCCUGGGAAGAUAACGAACACCCCUCAAAGAAGGAGGACGAGGCCGCCCUCCUCGAUGCGCAGGCCGCCCUCCUCGGCUACAUCGCCCUGUGGAGCGGCUUCUUUCGCAAUCUCCCUCAGGACCUCCGGACGGUCCACCUUCGGGUCAAAAGCUCCUCGUUAUCGCCCGGGCACUUCACCGGUCUGAGCUCCGAAUCGCUCCUCAUCACUGACGACAACCACGCCGAGCGUGGGAUUCACGACGAUGAAAGCCUCAGCUCGGUGAUAUAUGGGGAAUGUCCGGAAUUCGAGGAGACGGUUCAAGGCAUCUGUGAGGAGAUGCACACCCGUCUUCAGCAGGGCAAACCCCCGUUGCCGGCGCUGUGCGAGCUGAUCUACCGCAACACCACAAAUAGCGAGUCCAACAAAGGCAUGAAUCAUCCUCCAGGGCACGUCGAUAAUCCCCUUUUCAUGCGCUCCCUCUGCGAUGAGUUUGAUUCCGUACAGAAAUCCUUCGCCGCUUCGGCCGCGAAGCUGGAUGACAAUACCAAGCUUAAGUUCUAUGCCCUAUACAAACAGGCCACGGUGGGGAAUGUGAACAUUGCCAAACCAUGGUUGAUGGACAUCAUGGGGCGCGCCAAAUGGGAUGCAUGGAGCAAACUGAAGGGAAUGGAUCUGACAGAGGCGAAGCAAAUGUAUGUGAGUGAAUAUAAACUAAUGAAGAAAACAGAUAACACAAAAUGA